UGAUUUGACGCAUGCGCUACAGAAAUAUAUCAGCUGUCAGAAAGAAUUUAUUUACGUAAAAAACAAAAUUAAUUGUGUCCUUAAUAAUUCCCGUCAAUAUGGCGGGGCAAAAUCCAGGAUCACCAACCGAUUUCCAAUAUUUCUAUGAAGAUGAGGUGUAUAAAAUCAACAAUCGCGGACAGGUUGUUUUCGGCUUGGUGCUCGAGAACUUCGAAGCAAGUUCUAGCGAUCCAGAGAGUGACAUAGAAACUCCGAUUCAAAAAGGUGAAAUUCGAGUUGUGUGGCAUCCUUCAGGCACUGAACGUGUAGUUUCCGAGAAAUCGGUAGGAUUAGCGGAUCGUUCUUUGAUGCCAGGUGAUGUUGUGCGAAGACUUAUUGCUGGUAAAGAUACUCAAAGGGGCUACUGUCGAGAUAUUGAGAUGACAGCUGCAUUGCAAAUAGUGGGAACAAAACAUGUCAUUCAAAAUGUUGCAAGUGAGAGACUGCAGCCGUUAGAGGAGUUCACACCUGAUCUGGCUGUUUGUCUAGAAUCUUGGGUAGGCACAUCAAAGUCGGUACAUAGCAAACUCCGUUUAGUAUCAUCGGACGGGUCACGGCUAGAGUUUCCAGACCUGGAUUCUUGCGCACUAGAAGAUUAUUCAAAUCGUCGCCGCCGUGCCACUCCAUAUUCUUCAUCUGAAUUCUACCCUGGACAAGUUGUGUUCGGACCACUUGCAGCCCUUGAUAAUGCGAAUUGGCUCCACAUGACUAAGGAAAUGAAAGCUGCUAAGAAACACAAGAUGAAUGAUCACAAGUUCACAGUGGAGUCGGUCACUACAGAAAGUCUUAGUGUUCAUUGGCAAUGCCGGGCUCUGUGCACUAACACAGCCGAUACUGCACAGCCGCAGCCUCCCAAGUUCCUUGUUGAAGGGGAAGAUUUGAAAAGACUGAAACUGCUCAAUGUAUUUGAACCUUGCACACUGCAAGUGGGUGAUAGGAACUUUUUAACAAUUGGACCAGAAGACACCUUUAUAAGCAAAAAACAAUGGAGAAAAGAACAGAGUAAAUACUUUAGGAAUCUCCGUAAACAAAGCCGUCCCAAAAAGAAGUCUUCGAAAAGUGAUACGAGUGCGGUUGAACACAUGCCGUCAAGACCUAAAAAGAGGGCAUCUUCAAAUCGCAAACUCAAAUUGUCGAAUAUUGAAAUGGAUGUAGAUAUAGUGGAGGAGAAUCUCGAAUCUCUAGAUGAAGAGUUGAAAGUGGACAUAAAUUGUCCAAGCAUUAGGAUAGAACCCAGCAGUGAUGUCGCCCUGCCCAUCGCCAGCCAUGAUGAGAACACCACAGAGGAAAAGAAUGACUCUGGCAUAAGCCCAGAGCCAAUGAAAGAAGACGGCAGCUUGUUGAAUGGCGACAGGAUAUCCGUGCACCAGAGUGAUGAUGACUCUGACAAUUGGGAGAACACGAGCACCGACGGCAGCGAUACUGACAGCGGUGCUACUUGGUCGUCGCGAUGCUCUUCUGGCGCAUCUGGGUCGGUGCGCGGGAAGCGGUCUCCUCAGCUGGCCGUGCGGCUGCUUCGUGGCAAGCGACUGAAGCGUGCUCCACGUCGCGCUCCUCCCGCGCCGCCACCGCGUCGCCGGGACCGAGUCGUGGUCGAGACACUGCAUACCACUAGCGUGGCCAACGUCGUGUGGCAGGACGGCAGCAUAGAGAUGGGUAUACCGUCCACCCAGCUGUACCCCAUUCAUCACCUGGAUGGACAGGAGUGUUUCCCCGGAGACUUCGUCAUCAACGGCGCCGCCAAUGUUGAAGAUAAUCAGCUGAAGCACCGAGAAUACGGCGUAGUACAGCGAGUGGAUCAUCACGGGCGCACUGCAAUUGUGAAUUGGUACCGCACCUACACCAACGCUGAGGAACCAAUACCGCAAAUGUUACAUGAAAGCGAGAUGAGUGUGUAUGACCUGAAGGACCACCCCGACUUCCAGUACCGGCCCGGCACUGUCGUCAUCAGGGUCGCCAACUUCACCGGAGAGGAUGCCAAUUGUACUGCUGGACAGGUAAUUGAUAACUUCCCGACGGGCCGCGUCAAGGUGUGGUGGGUGGAUGGACACACCAGUAUGUGCUGGCCACAGGAUCUCUACAAGGUGGGCGAAUACGAUUCGGAAGACGGUGAUAUGUGGGCAUCGGAUGGGACGGCUUCCGAGGACUCGUGGGAGACACAGAGCUCAGCUCACGAUAAAGAACCUCACACCCCUGAUGACCUGCCCGAAGAUCUAGGGGAUCAGCUGCGUCCAAACGUAGCACACUACUCUGUCCGAGUGGUAGAGCCGACGAUACCAUCGCCGGUAGCGAGCGGAGCUGGUCCUGCGGUGCCUCGCGUGCUGCAGCCGCGGGUGGCGGCGCACAUUGAACGCGGCAGAGUCGCCAUGCAGCGACUCGAGGAGAUAUUCGCCGAGCAUCCAGCGCUGCAGAGCCAGGAGGUUAUGCGAAAGUUGUUGAAUCUCUACAAAGACUGUCGGUUCCUCGACCGUUUGAUGGGCACCACCUUCUUUCACGAAGAUCACUUCUUGGGAUUAAUAGAGCGCGUGAAGGAACGCGGGGCGAGUACGCCGUGUGCGGGCGAGAGACGUGUCCACGAGCAACUGGCCCGGCUGUUCGCCACCGAGUCGGAGACUGACUCCGUCUGCGAACCGGAAAUGAAGUGUGUCGUAGUAACAGAAGAUACUCCUAUCACCAUCACGCCGAUUGUCGCUGCCAACGUCACCGUGGAAUCAAUGGAGGUGGACGUCAGCUGUCCAAAGAAACCUCUCCACUUGAAUUUGGAGCUGGGUCAAGCGUCAAGCUCCGACACUACCCUUCAAACCGACGAUGCGGCUAAAUCGCUGAGCGAACAGCCGUCUACGAAGUCAUCAGAUACAGACGGGCCCCGCAACGUGUGCUACAAGCUGUGCUCGCUCAUACACGCACAGUUGCUCAAAGCCCAUGCGGAAGUCAGCCGACGAAGGCCGCAAGCGUUGGCCGAGUUCCUUAACGACUUAAUGCAAAUGAGAUCGUCGACUGAGGAGAAGUUACCCUACCACUUUUCUGUUCAGUAUGGAGCCCUGGUGGUUGGUCUGGCAGACCAGGAGAAAGAAGAAUCAAAGAAAGAGCAAACAAAUGAAGAUCAGCCUGCAGACAAGGCUGAUGAAAAAGAUGCCAAUCCCAUCGAGUCCGCGCCGCUAGCAACUGCCGAGGGCGAUAUAGAGACAGAGCCUCCCCCAGAAGUGGCCGAAGAGGAACACGUUGGUGAAGGGUUCUGCGUGCUGGAGUCGGCGCCGCCCAACCACCGCUUCCGACUGUCGAUGCUGCAGCCCAGUGAGCCCAGAACCUUCUACAGCGCGGUCAAGCGGGAGAUCAAGCUGCUCAAGAGCGAUUUACCGGCUGGGGUGUGGGUACGUGGCUACGAAGACCGUAUUGACCUGCUGUCUGUGAUGAUCGCGGGCCCCGAGCGCACGCCCUACGAGGGGGGACUGUUCAUAUUCGACGUGCAACUGGGGGGCGAGUAUCCCCGUGCGCCCCCCCUGUGUCACUACCACUCGUACUGCAGCGACAGACUCAACCCCAACCUGUAUGAAGACGGCAAGGUUUGUGUGUCGCUGCUGGGCACGUGGUCUGGUCGCGGCGUGGAGGUCUGGGGCAAGGACAGCUCGCUGCUCCAGGUGAUCGUGUCGCUGCAGGGACUCAUCCUAAACGACGAGCCCUACUUCAACGAGGCUGGCUACGAGAAGCAGAAGGGUACCCAACAAGGCAAGGAGAACUCCCGCAUGUACAAUGAGAUGGUACUGCUGAAGCUGGUGCAGUCCAUGACGCGGAUGACGCAGAACCCGCCCGAGCCGUUCCGCGAGGAGAUCCUUCAGCACCUCAACGCCACCGCGGCCGGCCUGUGUCGCCGGCUCGAGGGGCUGGUGGCGCUCUCCAACGGCCAGCAGACCGAUGUGCAGCCUCCGGACUAUCCCCUGGUGCCAGCGUCCCGAGGGUUCUGCCUCACGCUCUGCUCUUCGCUCCAAUCUUUCCGCGCGGCCCUACGCCGCAGUAACGUGCCCGUUCCCGACUCCACUUUAUAGCCAAACACCACGCCUACCAAUAGAUAGCACUAGGAACUAAUUGGGGGGUCUGCGCCUUUUGAAGGUACACUUGAUCUACUCUAGCUCAAAUUAUUACAAGCACGUAAGAUAGUGACUAUAAUGUGUUGUUACUGUUUAUGGGCAGAUACUACCAUUUAGAACCAAGUGAAUUAUAUUUUACUCAUAUCCCCAUAACAAAAACGUCUGAUUUAAAAGUAAGUUCGUUAUACGCUCUAAAACCCUUAAUUUUCUAUGCUUUGAAUUAUAUAAAUUUCACAGUCGGGUUAAAUUACUAAAAUUUACAUACUUAUCCAAAGACAUGAUCAUCUAGAACUGCCUAUCCAAUUUAUAUAAGGUGAAAAAAGGUGGUACUCAAAUAUGGUCUUGGGUUUGUAUGAAUUUUUAAAAUAUUUUCCAACAAUAUUCACAGAUAACUUGAUAUUGAGAAAUAUGGGGCAUAUUUCGAUCAAUAUUCGUUAAACCUUAUGUCAACCUGAAUGAAAAUACAAGUGUUGACUGAAAUAACACGUAUGUUGGUCCAUAUUUAUGUGAAUGUGUAUCAAUUGGGUAAACAAUUGUUGUUAAAUAGUUUUGAUCUGAAUCAUUACCCGGUUUAGCAGCUAAUGUAAUUAAUCGGCCUCAUCAGGCAUACCUUCAAGGCAUAGACCCAAGUAUUUCAAGUGAUACUGAGCUCCUGUCAUCGAGCACUUAGUUUUAAUAUUAUUUAUUAUAAUUCGAUUUAGAUAAUAGUCAUAACCGGCCGGCGUUAUGUUGUAUUACCAAAUUUAUAUUCCAAUACGAUUAAUCUCUAGUGGUAGGUAGGGUGGGUUUACACUGGAUGCCGAUGCAUAUUGCACUUGUAGGGUGAACAAGCUUGCAUGAAUUGUGGUUUUGUUAUUUUUGUCGCACAAAUUUAGUUAAAUCCAUUUGAACGGAUUGGGUGGCGCAUGUUCAUUGACGUUAGUGAUUCGUGGAUGUUCUUUGUAGAUUUGAUUUGUAAUUCGUCGCACUAAUAGAGGCAAUUUAAAAUUGGCAGUGGCACUGUUGUAACUUGCAGAUGUAAUUGUUGUCCAGUGUGUACUCACCCUUAGCGAGCAUGCCCAACUUUUGUUCAUAUUCGACGGCGAUAUGAGACAAACAGUUGAUUUUUAUUCAGUGAUAAUCUAAUAAUGAUAUUAUAAUUUAAAUAAUAUUACUUCGAUUUCACGCCUAUAAUAAUUAUAAUUUUUUUUUCAUUUUGUUACGUUUAUUGUUCACCGGUUUACGUUCUUAUACGACGACAAUAUACAUGCGUGUGACUUGCACGCACCUUACCUACCAUACCGUAGUGCUCUUACUUCGCAGACAUUUCAAGAAUGACAGAUGAUAUUGGCAGGACCGUAUCAGACUCUCUAUGUCUUAUCUGUAUUUUUGUAGUUAGUCUUUGACGGUACACUUUCCUGCAGACAGAUGUGUGAAACUGGAAGUCGUUUCAUGAAGUGCGUUCUACAUAUGCGUGUGUAUUGUGUGUUGGUCUAUAUUUACACUAUUUGUUCUGAACUGCUGCGAACAGUAAAUAUAUACGGUAAUACCGGCUACAUUGCAUGCUUUCGAUAAGAUAAAUAUAUUGUAUUAUUAAUGUAUAAUAUAUUAUUUAAUGUACCGGGAAGCUGGCCUUGUUUGUAGGUACUCAAAAUGGCGGCUUUCAAUUAUGACAGCAGUCACAAGUUUGACGGAUUAACGAUGAGUUUGUAGAAUGUGUACAUACUCUUUUUGUUAUGUCAUCAACUGUCAUGUUAGAAAAAUACUUAUAAUACCAUCAGUAAAUGCUAAGGUUUUCUAACAACCAGUUAUUCUAAAUUAAAUUUUUAGUACAUGUCAAUUAAACAUUUAUUAAAAUAUUAGCUUUAUUUCGUGUAAUGGAACUCAUCAGUUUCCCGGACAUUGUAUAUUAUGCAGCCAUGAAUAUAAUAUAUGUAUAUAAUUUCAUGAAAUAAUAAUUUUAAAAAUAUAUUUCAAAAUGUGUAUUUUUUUAUAUUUCGAAUUUCCCUUGCGUUAUAAUUUAUGUUGUUAUGAAAUGCGGUUCGUGUUGUUUAUGUGUGUAUAAUAAAGUGCACUGAUUUUUAUCUAAUUAUAAUUUUUGUUUUUAUUUUAUUUAUUACUACAGGCUUUACUUUUUAUAAGUUAUUAGAGGAAUAUGCAUUCCUAAAAAUAUUUUGGGGUUCUAUUCGAAAAUUAUAGACUUAAAGCUACAAAAAAGAAAUUAAUCAAAUUAAUUAUUAGUGUAAUGACUUAAAAAGCACUCGAGUUGUUAAGUUUCAUAGAAAACGAAUGGUAAAUUUCAAAUUUGUAGGUACCUAAUGUUUCCUCGUUAAGAUUAAAAAACAUCUACAAUAUAAUACACACUUUUUUGUAAUUUUUCCAUCAGGGAAAGAUGUGAAUGAAAUUUAAUUUAUAGAUACCUAUUUUAUGUGUUUACUAGAAAAUAAAUAAUACCAAUAUUUUUAUUUAAAAUAAUAAAUAGAAAAUGCUUAUAAAAAUGAAAUGAAAUCUAAAUAAAUUACUGCUCAGCCUGCGAUCUGUGUUGAUUCAUAAUUAUUCAACGUAUAUAUAUUAUAUUAUAUCCUUUGGAGUAUAUAUUUCGCGAGUGUAGCCGCGCGGUUGCCUCGUCAUUAUGUGCGUAAAAUAAUAACUCUGUACUUUUCAUGCCAAAGUCAAUUGAGCUAUGAACAGCUUACGUCACUUGUGUACUCAAUAAGUGACAGUUUUGAAAUAAAGUAAUUCUUCAAUA